AUGAGCUCUCUAAAUGGACCAAUUAAUGAUGUCGGUGGUAGAACUAUAAACAAAUUAGCAGUAACAAGAGAUUAUAUAUCACAACCUCGAAUCACAUAUAAAACAGUAUCUGGUGUAAAUGGUCCUCUAGUUAUAUUAGAUGAUGUCAAGUUUCCUAAAUAUGCUGAAAUUGUUAACCUUACAUUGGCUGAUGGAAGUCAACGUAGUGGACAAGUUUUGGAAGUCAGUGGAUCGAAGGCUGUUGUACAGGUAUUUGAAGGUACAUCAGGUAUUGAUGCUAAACAUACAACAUGUGAAUUUACUGGAGAUAUUUUAAGAAUGCCUGUAUCAGAGGACAUGUUAGGUCGUGUAUUUAAUGGUUCAGGUAAACCUAUUGAUAAGGGACCUGCAGUUUUAGCUGAAGAUUUCUUAGAUAUUCAAGGUCAGCCUAUUAACCCCUGGUCUCGUAUUUACCCAGAAGAAAUGAUUCAAACUGGUAUAUCAGCUAUUGAUACUAUGAACUCUAUUGCUAGAGGACAGAAAAUUCCUAUCUUUUCAGCUGCCGGUCUACCACAUAAUGAAAUUGCUGCUCAAAUUUGUCGUCAAGCUGGUUUAGUCAAAUUACCUGGUAAAAGUGUUAUGGAUGAUCAUGAAGAUAAUUUUGCCAUUGUAUUUGCUGCUAUGGGUGUGAACAUGGAAACUGCUAGAUUUUUCAAACAAGAUUUUGAAGAAAAUGGCUCUAUGGAAAAUGUAUCUUUAUUCUUGAACUUGGCCAAUGAUCCUACAAUUGAGAGAAUUAUUACCCCACGUAUUGCUUUAACAACAGCAGAAUACAUGGCUUAUCAAUGUGAGAAACAUGUACUGGUUAUUCUUACUGAUAUGAGUUCCUAUGCUGAAGCUUUGAGAGAGGUAUCAGCUGCUAGAGAAGAAGUACCUGGUAGAAGAGGUUUCCCAGGUUAUAUGUACACUGAUUUAGCCACUAUAUAUGAGAGAGCUGGUCGUGUUGAAGGUAGAAAUGGGUCUAUUACACAGAUACCUAUUCUAACCAUGCCUAACGACGAUAUCACCCAUCCUAUUCCUGAUUUAACUGGUUAUAUUACUGAAGGUCAAAUAUAUGUUGAUAGACAGUUACAUAACAGACAGAUCUAUCCCCCUAUUAAUGUCUUACCAUCAUUGUCUCGAUUAAUGAAAUCAGCUAUUGGUGAUGACAUGACCAGAGAAGAUCAUGCUGAUGUUUCUAAUCAACUGUAUGCAUGUUAUGCUAUUGGUAAAGAUGUACAAGCUAUGAAAGCUGUUGUUGGUGAAGAAGCUUUAACCCCAGAAGAUUUACUUUAUCUGGAAUUUUUAAUUAAAUUUGAGAAAAACUUUAUUUCACAAGGUCAUUAUGAAAAUCGAACAAUUUUUGAAUCUCUGGACAAAGGUUGGCAGUUACUACGAAUUUUCCCUAAAGAAAUGUUAAAGAGAAUUCCACAGCAUACAUUAGCCAAGUAUUAUCCCAGAGAUGCCCAGAGAGCACAGUCGUCUGCUGGUGCUGGAAAGGAAGUGACAUCAUUAUAA